GCAUUUCAUGGACUUAAAAAGGUCUCGUGUAGGAAAGCAGCACUGAUGGAAUUGCAAUUUUAAUGACAUGGGCAUCCAAACUAGUUUAGCCAUGUAGUUUUUCUCCUACGCGAUGCAGCUUUCUCCCUCAUGGUGCAAUGCAGUCUGGUCCUGCUACGCUGCAUGCAGCUCACUUUCUCCAACAAAGUCCAACCUCACUUCACUUCCUUUUCUGCUUUGCGAAAGAAAGCAGAUCGAGACGGAAUCAGAGAGUACAGCGAGAAGAGAGAUAACAAAUUUGCACUUUCACUCUGCAACACAAUUUCAACAUACUGCAAUACACCGCAAUUUCUCAAUCACGGUUUGAAACUUUUCAUCUCUCUCACUCUUGCCUUAGCAUGUCCAGCAGCGUGUUGUUCAUUCUUGCACUGCAUAUAUGUACGUACUGAUAUCUGCUGUUGUAAACUGUAAAAAACCCUCCAUUGUAAAUUCAAAGCAUCCAUAAAAUCAUACGCACAGUCUGCAUAAUUUAAAACAUUAGACAAGUCCAGCCAAAAUAAAAACAAAUAAAAAGAAUGGUAAGUGCUAGUGUGUCCGGUGUCUCGACGAGAUCUAAAUCCGGAAAAUCCGGAAAAAUAGCCCCAGAAGACUUUCCUGCUUCAACUCUCUGGACAUUAAAUCCUGGAAUCGACCCACCACCAUCUCCCUCGCCGGGAUUCAAGUGCAAGUGUAAACGCUGCAUCAAAAGUGUAAUCGUACGAGUGACCGAGCCGACAGCCGAAGCACCAGAAAAACUGAAAAUGUUUCGAAUCUGCGAGAAAUUAAUUAUCAAUGGUGACGACUCGGGAAAUGCUUAUCUCAAAAUUUAUGUCGGGGAAGAAGCUGAAGUCAAUCUCAUUCUAAAAUGCGAACAUAUAAAGAGAAAGACACUCGAUUCAUGCAUCAUAUUCGUGGACGCGGUGGGAUGCAUCAUUUUCCGGAGUGAACGAGAGGGAGGGGUGACUAUCGUAAAAAUGGGGAAUGUCGUCCUUGGUCAUGUACGGGGGGCGCCAGGAUCUCUCUGCGUGUUUAGAAGGAAUUUUGGAAUAGUUGUCUCGCCAAGCACUGCAUCCGAGCGGAGGAUCAAGAUCAGAGCAACUGGGUGUUGCAGCAAAUUUUUAUGUUGCUCAUUUUUCAAUUCCUUUUAUCUCGACGAGUUUGUAAUACUUGACGCGGAUGGAGAUGAGAUUGGGUGGAUUCGAAAAGUGGAAAAGGCCAAGGGUGGCGGAGCGAGUGUGGAAUUUGCGCAAAAUAUUGGAGACGAUGAUACUGCGAAAGGGUUAAUCUUGGUGGCUGCAGUAACAUUGUACGAACUCUUCCUAGAGCCUCAUCUCGGGUUCAGCAUGGGAAAAUCUGGCAUAGGAAAGGUGAUCGUUGGUGGGAUAAUUUUAAGCAUAGUUGGGUUAUUGGGUGCCAUUUUCUAUUUUGAAAUUGCGUCUUUAUGGGCUGGUUGAUCUUACAUAAUUUAUAGGAUUACUAUAUAUAUACGGUACUGAUAAGUAAGUUAAGUACAUAAAUAGUUCGUUACAUAUUUCGCCAUUUGUCAAUAUCUAUAUAUAUAAUUACGACAUGAAAGCCAAACUUAUAAAACAUAGGAGCGAGGUCCAAAUUCGCACUCGGGGAAAAAGCUGAUAUGCAUAAAUAGGAUGAUGAGGAGUGCAAAAAUGAAAUUCUGAUAUUAACAUUAUCACUCAACUCAAUCCAAAUUAUACAAAUACUUACUUACUACAGAUUAAUUACAAAUAUAAUGCAAAGAAUCUUGGCCUUUUAUCUAUUUAAUUUAUAUAUUAUGUAACCAAAUCAAUUACUUAUUGCCUUCAACAUUGUCACUUUUCAAUCAGUAAGUACAGUUUCGUGCAUUAUUAAAUUACAGGAUUUAAUAAAAUUCAACAUUGCUCAAUCA